GCUGAGGCCAUCAGGGGCCACCUCGCCGAUCUCCUUGCCCACCUAGGGGCCACCGAGGCGACGGCCACCGGCCCGGUGUCUUCCAGCGUGGUUGUCCCCACGGGCUGGAACCUCUGCACCAUCGUCGGGGUGCUGCUGGGCUACCCGGCGGCGUACACCUUCUCCAUGGAGGAGGGUGCCGAGAACUGCCUGGCGCUGAUGCCGCUGAGGGUGUUCACGGUCCAGGCCUCCUGCCCCAGGAUAAGGGAUGGCCUCCGGGUCCAGAUCUACUCCUUCAGCAUCCCAGAGAGCCUCUGCGCAGAGCUGAAGGAGGUGCUGGAUGCCUGGUGUGGUGACCUGAAGGAGGCCUUCGGUGCACAGAGUGACUUUGUAGAUCUCCGCAUUUCAAGCGAGGUGGUGUCGCUUCCAGCAGUUGCCUUGUAA